CUCGGACUCCCUCCUCCUCCUCCCCCCCACCCCUCUCCCUCCUCCGGGCCCGCCGGGAGCGAGACGCCAACAUGGAGCCGGAGGACCUGCCCUGGCCCGGCGAGCUGGAGGAGGAAGAGCCGGAGGCGGAGGAGGGGGAGGACGCGGACGAGGGCGAGGAGGCGGCGGCGACGGAGGAGAGCUUGGAGGACGAGGUGGUGGUGGUGCAGGAGGUGGAGGAUGAGAAGGGGACGGACUCGGACUGCGACUACCGGUGCGUGCCCCGGGGGUGUCGCGACGAGUGUCAGGAGCGCGAGUGUACGGACGACGAGGACGACGAGGGCGCCAGGGCCUGGCUGCAGGCCUGCCCCGACCGGGUCCUGCCCGCGCGGUCCAUCCCGCAGCCUCGCCCCCCGCACGCCAAGCCGGGCCCGCCUCACCAGAUGGUUCUUCAUGUGAGGCAACAGUCAGUAUGUCAAGAUAAAAGUGGAAAACAAAUUUCUGAUAGUCACGUGUUUCCUUUGGGGAAAAUUCAGCAGAGUUCUAAAGAUGAUAAGGUAGAUCAUUCUAGUACGGUCAGUGGUCAGACUUUUUCAUCUGUAUUGCCUCCAUUUGUUCCUGAGCCAACAACAAAAUCGGAUUUUCACUCUGUAGAUCUCAGGAUGUUGAGAAUAUCUUCUGAUACUAUGCCAGACUCUCACCAGUAUUUAGCAGCCUGGAAUUUGAAGUUUAAUUUGGCUCGUGAGUAUGAGUGUGGCUACUCCAUUUCAGAAUUAAAUGAAGAUGACAGGAAAAAAGUAGAAGAAAUUAAAGAAAAGUUCUUUAUUCAAGGGAGAACAGCUGACUUGUCUAAGAGUUUACAGAGUUCACGGGAAGUAGGAUGUAAGCCAGAUGCUGUUUGUAGUCACAUCAUAAUUGAGAGUCAUGAAAAAGGAUGUCUUAGUACAGUGACUGCUGAACAACCAGAACUGGACAAUGACUCCUGUGCUAUCAGAUUUGCUGAGCCCUCAGAAAUUAUCAGAGGACAACAGAGCCCAUCAUGGAGAACAAGGCAUAUCAACCUUUGCAGAUCAGUAGACCAAAACAACUCCAAUUUCAAUGUUUGGAAUUCCUUGCAGUUUCCAAGUCGUUCCCCAUUUCAGAACUUUACAAGUGAUGACUUCAAAAUUAGCAAGGGUCUUCAAAUGUCAUUCCAUGAAAAUAUGAAUCCUUGGCUGUUAGAAUUAGAGGAACCUGAAUGUGUGCUCCCUGAGGAAAUCGAUUGUCAUUCUUCACAAAUGCUCUCAGAACCCAUGAAACAGGUUACUACCUCCAUAACUUUCGCAUCUCACCAACAUUCUGCCUGCUUUUCAGAUUCCUCUCUUUUAAAUGUUGAUGUUACUGAAGGUAGUCAGUGUGCUGGAACAACUUGGGGGUUAUUGAAUUCUCAUUUUACUGAAGAGCAAAGUCCUUCUAGAGAUCUAAAACAGCAAACCAUUCCCCCUUCAUUGUUUAAAAUCAUUGGUCAUUCACCAGAUAAACCUGUGACUAUUUUGGAAGAUAAUGGUGGGCAAAAUAAAAAAUUACUUGCUGGACAUUUUUACCAAGAAGAGAAACUCAGUGAGAAAUCAGAUUUCAAAUGCAGUACUUCUGAACCCCAUAUCCAUGCACAUUAUAGCAAAAAUAAAGAAGUUCAUUUUUGUGAUAACCCUACCCUCAUUAGAAUGAGUAGUCCACUGGCAGCGAAAGAGAAAACUGUAACUCCAGAUCUUCCUUCACACAUUUUUCUUGAACAACGAGAACUCUUUGAACAAUAUACAACCCCACGUGCAGAUUGUACACGAAAACAGCAUUCUCUUCCUCCUCAACAUCAGAAUUAUGUAGCUCCAAAUCUCACUGGUCAUGCUUCUCUUGAAAAAGAAGAAAAAAAUAGAGCUCCACAUAUAGAUCAUCACACGAGAGACCAGUCUCCCUUUAUGCAAAGCCAGGAUUGUAAAACUUUAAACACUCCUCAUUCCAUUUUUCUUGAACAGCGUAAGCUCUUUGAAAAAAGCAAAAUCCCAGAUAUAGACUCCAGAAUGAGAAAAGACCAUCCCUCUCUUCCUCAAGUUCAGGAAGAUGUAGUAGAAAAGAAGAAUCAACAUAAGUCAACAUCACAGGUUUCUAGUAGGAUAAAUGUUGAAGCCAGCAAGGGUAAUGCAGUCCCCCAGUCAAAAUCAAAUCAGUUUACAUUAGUAACAUCUGCACCUAGUCCACCUUCAAAUAGAAAAGCACUUUCUUGUGUUCGUAUAACUCUCGGUCCCAAGACGUCUUCCAAGUUGGAUAGUGGAACCUUAGAUAAAUCUUUUCAGUCAUCGGAUUCUGCUUCUCAAACAAGGAUGAAUCAUGAAUUUAACUCUGACCUACAAAUGAUAUCUUCAAGGUCAUUGGAACCAACCUCCAAAUUAUUAAUCAGUAAACCUAAAGCACAGGAUCAAGAGACUUUUAUAAAACCUUCUUCAGAUGUAAAAGUUACAGAGUCUCCUCUUCCAGAUAAUAAUCCUGUUACACAGGACUUGAAAACCAAAACUUUGCAGAAUAGCCAGAUAGUAACCUCAAGGCAAACACAAGUGAACAUGUCAGAUUUGGAAGGAUAUCAUAAUUCUGCCGGAGCUUUGUUACCAGUAUCGGCAGAUCGGCCUCCAGAAGAGAAUAAGACCCUAUCACCAGCCUUCUCUGGAAAAAUGUCAUCUGAUGCAGUCACUCAGAUAACAACAGAAAGUCCAGACAAAACCUUAUUUUCAUCUGAGAUUUUUAUUACUGAUAAAGAUCUUACAUAUGCAAUUCAAGAUUCCCAAGCCCCUAAGAAUGACAAAGGUCCUUUCAAGUUUGCAUCAUCAUCUUCAAUCCAAAAGAUUUCAGUGCCUCAUGCCCCAAGUGCUCAGCCUUUACUCUUGCCAUAUAAACCUUCUACUAGUACAGAUAUGUACUAUGUUCAGCAAGUAAGCCAAAUUCCUGGAUCUCUGGCUUCCAAGUCAGAUACCACCAUUGAGAGUUCACACUCAGGAUCUAAUGAUGCCAUUGCUCCAGAUUUCCCAGCUCAAGCAUUAGGCACAAGGGAUGAUGAGACAAUCCCUGUUAACAUUAAACAUUCAGAGGGGAUCUAUAGUAAGAGGGCAGUGACUAAGGCAAAGUGGCCAGUGGAGGAAAAACCCUUUCCAAAAGAUAAUGCAGUAGGAUCUAAUGAUGCCAUUGCUCCAGAUUUCCCAGCUCAAGCACUAGGCACAAGGGAUGAUGAGGCAGUCCCUGUCAACAGUAAACAUUCAGAGGGGAUCUACAGUAAGAGGUCAGUGAGUAAGGCAAACUGGCCAGUGGAGGAAAGACCCUAUCCAAAAGAUAAUGCAGUAGGAUCUAAUGAUGCCAUUGCUCCAGAUUUCCCAGCUCAAGCACUAGGCACAAGGGAUGAUGAGGCAGUCCCUGUCAACAGUAAACAUUCAGAGGGGAUCUACAGUAAGAGGUCAGUGAGUAAGGCAAACUGGCCAGUGGAGGAAAGACCCUAUCCAAAAGAUAAUGCAGAUGUUGAAAAAGAUGGAAGCCAGAAAGAGGAAAUUGAAAGAGUAAUCACUAAGACGGCACAACCUGAAGAAGUAGUAUCCUUGCAGAAACAAACUGAAGGGUCCAGUGAUGAUGCUUCUUCACAGUACUUUGCUCAUCAACAAAAUACGAAGGUUGGUAGUCUUCCAGAUUAUAAAACUAUUGAACAGAAAGAGGACAUCCAAAUUCCUCUGAAGACAGCCGUUCUACAGGAGCCGUGGUCAACAAGUAAAGAAUCCUUGCAGUUAGAUAUCACAGGAUCUGAAUAUCCUUCAGAAAUUGAAAAUACUACCCAUUCUGUUUUCAAGUCGGCCAGAUUUUUCAUUCAUCAUCCAGUGCACCUUUCAAAUGAUCAAGAUAUUUGCCCUGAAUCUUUGGAAAGAAAUGUUUUCAUGGAACAUUGCUUACAGGAUUUCAUUCAGCAUCAUCCAGAGAAUCACGAAAAGCACACUUUUCUUCCUCCCCCUGUUCAAGAUGUGGAAAAGACAAAGAAAAAUGAUUGCAGAAUAGAGAACCUUGGGAUUGGUGUGAACUUGGAAAAUAAAGAAGCAAUGCGUACUGCUAAAAAUCAGACUAAAGACUAUCUAGAAUGUGAAAGACCAAUUAGGUAUCCAUCAAGGGAUCAUAAGGUCACCCCAGAGAAAACAGUUCCGCAUACUGUGAGUUUGAAUGAACUCUGGAACAAGUAUAUGGAGCGACAAAGACUCCAGAAAACUCCCGACUUCUGUAUUACGAAGGGACUAUCCUUGGUAGAGCGCCUGGAUCGUUUGGCUCAGUUACUUCAGAAUCCCAUUACUCAUUCUCUUCUGCCUUCAGAAAGUACACAGGAUGAUAGUAGAGGGGAACAAGAUGUUAAGGAAUUGUCCUGUAGGCAGCAGCAGCAGAAAAACAAGCUUCAGAAAAAGAAGAGAUAUAAAUGCCUUGAGAAAUGCCAUAAAUACACAGGAGAUGUUAGAAAAAGAAAAGUCCUUUCUAAUCAUGAAGCUGCAAGAGCCAAUCAGAUUAAAAUUGAACAGAUUAAAUUUGAUAAAUAUAUUCUGAGAAAAAAGCCAGGAUAUCGUUGUGCAAACAACACUUCUUCAGAUUCGAGGCCCUCAGAGGAGAGUGAUCUGCUCACAGAUACUGCCACCAAUAUGCUCUCUACCACUUCUUCUCCUGUUGAUUCAGAUAUGUUGACCCAAACAGAUAAGGAAGUGACUUUGCAUGAGAGGAGCAGCUCUCUGUCCACUAUUGACACUGCCCGGUUGAUCCAAGCUUUUGGCCAUGAAAGAGUUUGCUUGUCACCCAAGCAAAUUAAGCUUUACCGCAACAUCACUGACCAUCAGAGAAAAUGCCUUGAGAAACGCAAUAAGAAGAAUAAGAAAAUAUUGAAUGUAGGUCAUCCCCUUAUGAUCUCUGACCAUACCAGAAGGAAACAAAUCCAGGUCACAAGUUGUAUGGUUCCCUCUGAUUCUGUUUCAUCUUCUGCCGGUAGUUUCUGGAGCUCAAACUCUGUUAUUUGCAAUAAGCAAGAUGUCAAAAUGUUACACAAGGGCAUACAAGCAGGUAACCUGGAGAUUGUGCAUGACGUCCAAGAACACACUCGAGAUGUGGGGAUGACUUUCCCAACUCCAAGUUCUAGCAAAGGUAGAGCAGAAGAGGAGAAUGGUGUCGCUACUCUGUCGGAAGAGAAAAGAUUCCUUUCUAAUUAUUGUAGAAACAAAAAGUUAAGGAAGAACAAACCAAUGUGCUUUGAAGGAGUUUCUUGGUUUAUUCCUGUGGAAAAUGUGAAGUCUGGUCCUAGGAAGGAAAACCUUCCCGUGGUUUAUGGUCCUGGUAUCUCCUGGUUUGCACCAAUUUCCACUACAAAACCCUGGAGGGAACCGCUACGAGAACAGAACCAGCAGGGACAGUGCACGGACAACCACAAGCCACUGUCGGGGCCACCACAGCCAUUUGUGAAAGCAACCCUACAGGAGGCACUUCAGCUCCAUAGACCUGACUUCAUCUCCAGGUCUGGCGAGCGAGUCAAGCGCCUGAAGUUAAUAGUUGAAGAAAGGAAGCUGCAGAAUGUGUUACAGAGUGAGCGGAAAGCCCUGUUCAACACUGGGGGGGACUGCCCACGCUACCAGGGCCCCCUGCACCUGUUCCAGAAGAGAGGUCUCGUGCCUGCCAAGACAAAUGGGCCUAUUGGAAAGAAAGAAAUGAUACUGAGGUCUAAACGGAUGUACGAGCAGCUUCCAGAAGUACAGAAAAAGAGAGAUGAAGAAAAGAGAAAAUCAGAAUAUACAUCCUAUCGUCUGCGAGCCCAGCUAUAUAAAAAGAAAGUGACUAAUCACCUCUUGGGAAGAAAAGUUCCCUGGGACUGACCUAAGAUGACUUUCCUCAGAUUCCUUGGAAUGAUAUAUUUUCUCAAUCUGGAAAAUGCAGUGAUUUUAUAAGUCUCAUAUAAUAAAGCUUACUCUAUGUC